AUGUCAGAGGCGGCGGGAAAUCUCAAUAGCCUCCGCUUGGCGAAUGAGGCCCUGCAAGAGGAGUUAAAUGCCCUUCGAGGAGAGAAUGCCCAUCUGGGCCUGCAGCUCGGGAGAGCCUUGGCCGAGGUUAAUUCCUUGCGCGGCAAUGUCUCGAGCAACAUCCACCAGCCGGUGGUGCCCAUAGUGCCCGUCCUUGCCGAGGAGAACUUUGAGUACCUGGUCAGUGAGACCGAGCCGGCUCCCGAGGAGGAGGAGGAGGAGGAGGAGGUGCCUUUCCUCUGCUGGCCUCCUCCGCGCACAGAUCCCGAGUAUGUCUCAGAUGAUCUUUUGAUUAACGUGGUCCAGGACUAUACCAACCCCGAUGAGUCCAGUGACCCUCCUCUGUCACCCAGCCUGGCCCAGUCGGAGCUGCACUCCCCCGAGUCAAAAGAGGUGUCCCUACAGGUCUUUCUGCCACCGCUGGAGCGGCCAGACAUAGAACCAUUUGCAGGCGACCCGGUCUACCUGGCUGAAUUUCUGAUGCAGCUAGAGACUUUCAUAGCAGAUCAUGAAGAUUACUUCCCUGGGGGCGAGGAGCGGGUGGCCUUUCUGAUUUCUUUUUUCACAGGGGAAGCGAGAGAUUGGGCUAUCUCAGCCACUCAGGAAAAAAGCUCCUUGAAUUCCAACUUCCCGCUCUUCCUGGAUGAAGUCCGUAAGGUAUUCUGUGGCCCCAUCCCCUCACGCGUGGCUAAAAAGGCCAUCCGUAAGCUCAAGCAGGGAGAUUGUACCCUAGGCAGCUAUGCAGAUGCUUUUCAAUUCUUGGCCCAAUUCUUGUCUUGGGAUGACAAUCGCCUCCAAAAGCAGUUCCUUAAAGGCUUGUCAGAAUUUGUCCGAAGGGAGCUCUUUUGGUCAACUGAAAUUGCAGAUCUGGAUGAGCUGAUUCUCGAGUGUGCAGAGAUAGAAAAGAAAGUGCGCGGCCCCAAGCCAACCCCACUCCCCGAAGUUCAAAGCAGCUUCUACCCUUUGGCUCCAGUUCUCAAUGAGAAUGAAAAUGAAGGUGUGGUGGCGUGCCACAUUGAGAAUGAGGAUGAGGGUGAAGAGGCAGGCGGGCACAGGCUUUAUCUGGUGGAUCAGGGGAGGCACGUGAAUGCCUUCUCACAGGAGCUGAGGGAGGAGGAGGAGAUGAGGAAAGAGGAAGAAGAGAUGGAGGAUAUGGAAGAUGGGGAGGAGGAGGAAGAUGAGGAUGUGGAAGAGGAGGAAGAGGAGGAAGAGGAAGAGGAGGAGGAGGAGGAAGAGGAGGAAGAAGACAAGGAGGAGGAGAUGAAGAAGGAUGAGGAUGGUGGUGAAGAUAAAUACGAGGAGGAAGCUGAAGUUGAGGUUAGGGUCCUGCUUCCAGAACAGGAGCAAGAGCAAGUGAUAGAGGAGGAGAUCCAGCAUGAGCACGAGCAUGUGUAUGUGCACGACUGCAUUCACAUACACAUGCAUGCGCUUGCUGCCCAUUAUCAUGGCCUACAUGGAGAGCUGUUGGAGAUAGAAGAACCUGUCUUUGUGGACACGUCAACCCAGACCAUGGGCUCUGCGAUGGGCUACCAUGCCGAGAAUUCCCCGAGUGUGGCACCUUCCAUAAUGCAAUUGAACACACAGAGGAGCCAAAAUCGAGUCCCACUUCUGGAGGGCCUUCCAGAUGCCAAUUCUCCCUUCUACAGCUCACCACCACUGAUUCGCCAUGCAGGUCACUUGGAGCAACGCCAAGUGCGAAGACACCCCUCAGUGCUGUUCUGCCUCACUCCUAGACAGGGGCGACACCGAGCUCAAGGCCGCAUUCGCGUGUGAAUCCUGGGGUGAGUUGGCCACAGGGAACACACCCUUCUACCACAUCCCUUGCUCUUGCUAUUGCUGCUGUACCUGCCACAUCUACUGACCAGUCCUUAAGAAAGCUCCAGACCUGAAGAACUCAAGGGAGACCUGUAGAAUUUCAGACUGUUUUGCAACCACAACCAGCAAGUGAAAUGCGCCCAACCAAGGCCAUCUAAGAAGGGAGAGGUCAGUCGUCGCUGUCCUCUUGCCAUGUACUGUGCUCAGUCCUUGCACAAGUUGGAGAGCAAGUUUCUGGGCCUGUUCUUGUAAAUGCACUGGUCACCUUUGUCCUCUCCUCUAGUUGUCCCCAGCCUUCGCCUCUCUGUGUGUUC